CUCUAUUUUAAUGAAGGUACAUCUUGAAGCCUGAGCGGAAUUUGUCGACCUUAUACUUGUCAAUCUUUCCACCCUUGCGUGUGCCGAUUCCUCAGGUGCCUUUUUUGGGGGGGACGCGCUGGCCAGAUAAAAUUCCGCCCGCGGCAUCUAUUUGGUCGUGGUAUCAUCUGCCCAUCCGUCUUCUUACCUUACCUAUCACACCACCUCUCGAGGGCCCAAACAUACCACCUUGCGAUUCAUCCGCCCUUUGCUUAGCUCGCCGAUUUGCUCUCCCCACGCCCUGCGAAUCUGAUCGGACCGCUCCACGUGAAAGCCAAUAGCUGCGGCUCCCCGGAAUCUUUUCCCCGGCUCUCGAAUAAAGAAAAAAGAUGGCCUCGCAGGCCCUGGCCACCGCGGCCGACACCUCGGCUUUCAGUGUACGCAGUCUGUACCGGUCGCUGCUGAGGCAGUCGAAUCAGUUUGCGAAUUAUAAUUUCAGAAUGUACGCCAGGCGCAGGACGAGAGAUGCUUUCCACGAACAUCAGAACGAGUCGGAUUCGAGAAGGAUACAGGAACUGGUGCAGAAAGGGUUGAAGGAUCUGCAGAUGAUGAAGCGACAGACAAUAGUAUCACAGUUUUAUCAACUGGACAGAUUAGUCGUGGAAGGUGGCAAGACGGGCGAAGAAAGCGGCAAUCAUGGAGGAAUUGUGCGACAGAAAGAUACAGGAUGGGAUUGAUAUCUCUAGACCUCCUGUUCCAUCCUGACACAUUGUACAGUAUCUGCUAUCCACAUCUUGAGCAAGAGUCUUCUAGACAUCCUGCGAGCAGGUGGCUCUUGUGAAGUCAAUAAAAUACCUAUCUCAUGCUCCCACAUCA